CUGGCUUGGAAGAAUUAGCAUUUCUUUCUGGAAGAGAAGCUGAGAAAGCUUUGAUAGGGAGAUUCCCGACAGAAAUAGCCUGAGCCAUCUGGACCCUGGCCUGGUGGUUUUCCUACAUUUGCCUCAUUGUGACAAUGCCUACCAGAAGUAGUUUAUGAAAGGACAGAUUUACUCACAUGGGAUUACUGUUUCCUAGGGUUUCUAUGCUUCGUGGUAGGGAAGAUCUGGCAAUAAGUUCGGUUCACAGUGGAGGUGGGAGGAGGUUGAUGGAGGAAGUUGUUCCUGUCACCAUGGACUAGAAAACAGAUUGUGAAGUCUGAACCAAGGGUUCCAUCCAGUCUUCAAAAGCCCACACUGAGACCUCUACUGUGAGAGAGUCUACAGCUUUCUAUACAUUGUCACCAGCUGGGAAACGUGUUCACAGCCUAUAAGGACAUUUCAGAUUCAUACCAUAGUAUCUAGUGAGGAAGGCUCAGAGGGGCACACUGCCUGUGGCCUGAGAUGUGACUAGUGCCACUCCCAUGAUAGACAGCUGUGGCCAACAUUAUGCUUCGGGAACAGGAGACCAGAGGCAGGAGCCGUGACUUUUCGUAUAUUGGCUCUGCUGAUGUGAUCUGGGACUUGAGGCAAGUCUCAGCCCUUCUUGGGGCUCAGUUUCUCCACCUAAGUAAUAUGUUAUACCCACAUGCACUGGAUCUAGCUCAGAUCAUUUCAGAAUACAGGGUGAAUUCUCCCAUGAAGAAGGCAGGGUGGCAGAGACUGGUUCUCUUUGCAGAAAACCUUUGGUUUCCAGUAGAUGCCUUUUUUUAGGCAACAGCAUAACAGGCUUAAAGGGGCUAUUCAACAUGCUCUCUGACUUCAACAGGGAGUUCCAGGACAGUGAGUACUGGGAACAGGGCAGCCAAGAGGAACUCUUCCCCAUACUUUUCUAGAUUCAGAUCACUCUCUGCUUCAAUGUCCAGACGAGAACUCCCUUUGCCAUCACCUGCUCACCUUGUAUCUACAAGUUAGAUGGCUCCUUUUGCUCCCACUAGUUUUGUAAAUCUGAUUUUACUUCUCUGGACCUUGGUACCUUCACCUAUGAUAUGGGACAGGUUUAGGUGGCCUUGUCUCAUGGAAUCACACUUACUCUAUAAGAGGAAGCUUAAAAUGGGGCAAUGCAUACACUAGCCUUGCUACUCUUCCCAUGAGACCCAAAAUCCAGACACCCAAUGCUGUCUACAUCACUUAUGAAUUUCAGUUUGUACCCAUAUGUUCCAGGUCCUUUUUUGAAUACCCUUGCCAUUCAGACAUGCACACAAGAUCCUAGUAGGAGGGCAUUUCUAUACCUGGGGACAUUUUCUUGGUCCUUCUUUUUCUAUUAUCAGCCUUUAAAGUUCUUGACUGAGCUUCCAGAAGGUGCUAGAUCAGCACUCAGCUCUCUAGCACUCCCUUUCUCUCUGUAGGUCAAGCUGAGGCAGAACUCCUCACUAUUUGUUCUGGGUGGAAAUGGGGGCUGGUACUCUAUGGCUAGCUCAAGGAACUUUCCAGAUUUUAAGAUCGGAGGCUAUUGACCAUACCCACUCUGAUGUGCUUCUUGGUGUCCAGAGUACAUAGAGGCAGUUCUGAAGAUUCAAUCUGUGGUUGGAAAACAGGAUCCUGGAUCCCUGAGCCUUGUGUGUAUCAUACAAGGAGCCCCAUGGCACAAAACCAGAGUGGUCCCUGGUGACCUAGAAGAGCAAGCUGGAGAGUUCUCUCCAGUUGACAUCUGUGGUGGUUUGAAUGAAAAUGGCUUCACAGGCUCAUAAAGAUUGGUAAUAUUGUCAGGGGUGGCCUUGUUGGUGCCAUUAUCCAUGGAAAUACAUCACUGGGGGUGGGUUUUGAGAUCUCAGAAGCUCAAGUCAUGCCUAGUGUUUUUCAUUCUCUUCUUGAGGCCUGUGGAUCCAGAUGCAGAGCACUCAACUCUUUCUCCAGCACCAUAUAUACCUUCAAACUGCCAUGCUGCCUGUCUUGAUGGUAAUGGACUAAACCUCUGAAUUUAAAGAUGCUGUCAACCACUUGUUGGCUUUCAUCCUGAUGAUGUCAUUUGCCAAGAGGCAGCACCAGCACGCGACUUCUCCAAGGUAUGGCCGAGCAGAGUGAUUUUGUUGUAGAGACGAGGAGGAGGUGUUUGGAAGAGUCCAGAGUAUGGAGAGAAGCCAGGUGGAUUGCUACCCAUCAAGACACUCAGCCACCACAAUACAGAAAUGGCAGCCACAAUGAGGUUCUUCCCCAUUCUGUGCCUGGUGCUGUUCUUCAGUCACGGGGUGGCUUCCCGCCAACGCUCCCAUUCUAAGGAGAAGAAGAAGUCUAAAGAGUCCUCUGUGGGUGCUGUGGGGACUUCCCGAAGCAGAGACUUUGCCUUCAGGCUCUACAGGGCCUUGGCUUCUGAAGCCCCUGGUCAGAAUGUUUUCUUCUCCCCCAUGAGCGUGUCUAUGAGCUUGGGUAUGCUCUCCCUGGGGUCAGGCUUGAAGACUAAGGCACAGAUCCUGGAGGGCCUGGGCCUCAGCCUCCAGCAAGGCCAAGAGGAUAUGCUCCACAAGGGCUUCCAACAGCUGCUGCAGCAGUUCAGCCAGCCUAGUGAUGGCCUCCAGCUGAGCCUAGGCAGUGCCCUUUUUACAGACCCAGCAGUACAUAUCCGGGACCACUUUCUGAGUGCCAUGAAGACAUUGUACAUGUCAGACAUGUUCUCUACCAACUUUGGGAACCCUGAAAGUGCUAAGAAGCAGAUCAAUGACUAUGUAGCCAAGAAGACCAACGGCAAGAUUGUAGACUUGAUCAAGGAUCUUGACAGCACCCACGUCAUGGUGGUGGUAAAUUAUAUCUUCUUCAAAGCCAAGUGGCAGACGGCCUUCAGUAGCACCAACACCCACAAGAUGGAUUACCAUGUGACUCCCAAGAAGACCAUUCAGGUGCCAAUGAUGAACCGCGAAGAUAUAUAUUCCUACAUCCUCGACCAAAACAUUUCCUGCACGGUGGUGGGGAUCCCUUACCAAGGCAAUACAUUUGCUCUGUUUAUUCUUCCCAGCGAGGGCAAGAUGAAGCGGGUAGAGGAUGGCCUGGAUGAGAGAACGUUGAGGAACUGGCUUAAGAUGUUCACAAAGAGACAGUUAGAUCUUUACCUCCCCAAGUUCUCCAUUGAGGGUACCUAUAAACUGGAAAAAAUCCUCCCCAAGCUGGGCAUCCAGGACAUCUUCACCACCCAUGCUGACUUGUCUGGCCUUACUGACCACACCAAUAUUAAGUUGUCUGAGAUGGUACACAAAUCCAUGGUGGAGGUAGACGAGUCAGGAACAACAGCAGCUGCCUCCACAGGAAUUCUCUUCACACUCAGAUCUGCUCGACCGAGCUCUCUGAAGGUAGAAUUCACCAGACCCUUUCUGGUGGUCAUUAUGGAUGGUACAAACCUCUAUUUCAUUGGCAAAGUGAUUCAGCCCUGAGGUGGGACUCCUUCUGAAACUCACAGGCCUAUACAGAAGGAGCCAGGCAUAUUCUACAGACUAUCCACCUCUUGGUAGCUAGUGAUUUUCAUAGAGUAGAUUGACUAAUAAGGUGUUGUAAGUGAGAAGAUCAAUAUCCUGGUGGAAGCUUCCUUGAUCACAGUUGCAAGAUGUGCUCUUGCUCUAUUUUUUCAUUAUUGACACUGAUGCUAAAGAGGCCACUUGAUUGCUCCAAGGUCCUAUCACCAUAUUUGUGACAUAGUUAUGCCCAGACCUCAGACCUCUCUUGCUCAGUCUAGCGCUACAAAGCUCUGCAAGAGGCUGGUCAGCAUAGAUAAAGGCCACCAGGAAGCACGGUUAUAAACCUGGUCUCACACCUAUUAGCACCAUGGUUGAGAAAGGACAUUGGACUGAGAUUCUGAAAUGGUGCUAAUAGCUAUGUAACUCGAAAAUGAAAAUGUUCCUCUCUGCCUGUGUUUCUUUGAGUAUCCAGUCAAUGAUCAGAACAAGUAGCCCAUUCAGUGAUCUGUGAAAUUGUUACACAAGGGUUGGCUACUCUAUGCUAGCCAUGGUUGAUGUAAGAACUCAGUUUAAUAGCAUACUUGAGCAAUCAGGGUAAAAGUGUUCCACCAUGAACAAAGGUAUCAAAUCACAAACCUGGCUGACUGCAGUUGGAUGUUAGAGGUCUGUUGUAAAUAGUAGAACAUAGAUUGCAGACUGACUUGUUGAUUUCUACUUUGGCAAUAGCAAUAAAGCACUUUGCAAAGA